ACGCUCUUCUCAGGCAACCAUGGGUAACUGGGUGGAGAAUGAAGGACUGUCCAUCUUUGUCGUCCUUGUGUGGCUGGGGUUAAAUGUCUUCCUCUUUUGGUGGUUCUAUCUUGCAUAUGAUCUCCCACCAAAAUUCUUCUACACCAGAGUCCUCCUUGGCCGUGCUUUAGCUCUAGCAAGAGCUCCUGCCGCUUGUCUGAAUUUCAACUGCAUGCUGAUUCUGCUGCCAGUAUGUCGAAACUUGCUGUCCUUUCUCAGAGGAUCGAGUGCGUGCUGCUCGACCCGUGUCAGACGGCAGCUGGACAGGAACCUCACCUUCCACAAAAUGGUGGCCUGGAUGAUCGCCCUUCAUACUGCAAUUCACACCGUCGCGCACUUGUUCAAUGUGGAGUGGAGUGUGCACGCACGUGUGGAGGAGAAGGGCACCCUGGCAGCUGUGCUCUCCGGUCUUGGGGAUAACCCCAACGAAAGCUACUUGAACUUCGUUAGAAGAACUAUUCCGAAUCCCGUGGGGGGCCUCUACGUGGCUUUCACGUACCUGGCGGGUCUCACUGGCGUUAUCAUUACGCUGGCCCUCAUCCUGAUCAUCACGUCAUCCACCAAAACCAUCCGAAGGUCAUACUUCGAAGUGUUUUGGUACACGCACCAUCUCUUCGUCAUCUUCUUUAUCGGUCUUGUCAUCCAUGGUGCUGGGCGUAUUGUACGAGGACAGACAGCUGAGAGUCUGGAUGAACAUGACCCAGAUAUUUGCUCUAAGAACUUCACUAACUGGGGGGAAAAAGGAGCCUGUCCAAUCCCCCAGUUUUCAGGGAAUCCUCCUAUGACAUGGAAAUGGGUUGUAGGUCCUAUGUUUUUGUACUUGUGUGAAAGGCUGGUGCGGUUUUGGAGAUCACAGCAGAAGGUUGUUAUCACAAAGGUGGUCAUUCAUCCCUUCAAGACAAUCGAGCUCCAGAUGAUGAAGAAGGGCUUCAAGAUGGAGGUGGGGCAAUACAUUUUUGUCAAAUGUCCUGCCGUGUCUCGACUGGAAUGGCAUCCGUUCACCCUGACCUCUGCUCCCGAGGAGGAUUACUUCAGCAUUCACGUCCGUAUCGUAGGGGACUGGACAGAGGCCCUGUUUAAUGCCUGCGGAUGCGAUAAGCAAGAAUUCCAGGAAGCAUGGAAGUUGCCCAAGAUAGCUGUGGAUGGCCCCUUUGGAACAGCUAGUGAGGACGUAUUCAGCUAUGAAACUGUUAUGCUCGUUGGAGCUGGAAUAGGGGUCACCCCAUUUGCAUCUGUCCUCAAGUCUGUCUGGUACAAGUACUGCCACGAUGCAACCAACCUAAAACUGAAGAAGAUCUACUUUUACUGGCUUUGCAGGGACACUCAUGCCUUUGAAUGGUUUGCCGACCUCUUGCAGUCUCUGGAGACUCAAAUGCAGGAGAGAAAUAAUGCAGAAUUUCUCAGCUACAACAUCUACCUGACAGGCUGGGAUGAAACUCAGGCCACUCAUUUUGCAGUGCAUCAUGAAGAAGAGAAAGAUGUAAUUACAGGCCUUAAACAGAAAACACUCUAUGGGAGACCUAAUUGGGAAAACGAGUUCAAAACCAUUGCGGGGAAACAUCCAGGCUCCAGAAUAGGUGUUUUCCUCUGUGGACCUGAGGGCCUAGCUGACACACUCAACAAGCAGAGCAUCAGCAACUCAGAAGCUGACCCCCGAGGAGUACACUUCAUUUUUAACAAGGAGAAUUUCUAGUUCCUAAACACAUGGGAGUCAUCCAACAGUCAUCUAAAAAUUCAAAGACUAGAUUAUUUUUUUUCCAUUUGAAGUCUGGGAAAGACAGCCCAGCUUCCAAUCUCAGCUACACUAACGCAAAUCCCUUUCCUUCUUUGAAAUUGGCUCUGCAGCGGAUUGACAGAGAGUCAAGUUUUGCCUUAGGAUUGCUUGCAUGGCCUCCCAUAUACUGGCAAUUUAGCAGAAAUUUCUUCUUUGUGUGUAUGAGGGCAUUUCCCCUCAAUUAGCUGUCCUUACUCUCUUCUUUUCUCCUGGUGCCUGCAGCGGUGUCCAGGCCAGCAUACGCAUCUGAGAGUCAGUUCACGCUGAUAAAGCUUACUGAUAUUAAACAAUAAAGCAUUCUAGCAAAAUGCUAUAGGGAGUUCUUGGAAAGAAAGAGGAAUUUAGCCAAGGGUGAAUGGGAAAGAUCACUACUCGUGUCAGAAAAGCAAUUUUGCACCAGCGUUUUUCAGGCUUCUGCA